UUAUAGCAUGCAACGCUUAAGCCUCCAACUACCACGAAAGCUCGCGCAAGGCCUUAGCAGAGACUUGAACACCAAAGCGGUUAACUUUUUGCAGCGCCAGCAGCAGCCGCUGGUCCGAGCAGCUUUAGCGAAGAAGUUGCCGACGCCAGCACUACCAUUCGCGAUCAGACGAUAUUCGGAAGGCAAGAACAACGCAACUUUGGGCUCGAAAAUGGAGGAUCAAAAACUGCUGCAGGCCACGCUGGAGGACAGCGAUCCGGAGCUGGCGUGUCUCAUCAAGAAGGAGAAGGAGCGCCAGCGCGAGGGACUCGAGAUGAUUGCCAGCGAGAACUUCACCUCGGUGGCGGUGCUGGAGAGUCUGGGCUCCUGCCUCACCAACAAGUACUCCGAGGGCUAUCCCGGCAAGCGCUACUAUGGCGGCAACGAGUUCAUUGACCACAUCGAAUUGCUGGCCCAAAAGCGCGGCCUCGAGCUGUUCAACCUCACCGAGGACCGUUGGGGCGUCAAUGUGCAACCGUAUUCGGGCUCGCCGGCGAACAUGGCCGCCUAUGUGGGCGUGUGCCGUCCGCACGAUCGCAUCAUGGGCUUGGAUCUGCCCGAUGGCGGCCACUUGACGCACGGCUUCUUCACGCCCAACAAACGCAUCUCGGCCACGUCGAUCUUCUUCGAGAGCAUGCCGUACAAGGUGAACCCCGAGACGGGCAUCAUCGACUACGACAAGCUGGCCGAGGCGGCCAAGACCUUCAGGCCGCAGAUCAUCAUUGCCGGCAUCUCGUGCUACUCCCGCCUGCUCGACUAUGCGCGCUUCCGUCAGAUCUGCGACGAUGUGGGCGCCUACCUGAUGGCCGACAUGGCCCACGUUGCCGGCCUAGUGGCCGCCGGGCACAUUGCCUCGCCGUUCGACUACGCCGACAUUGUGACCACAACCACGCACAAGACACUGCGCGGCCCACGCGCCGGCGUCAUCUUCUUCCGCAAGGGUGUGCGCAGCAUCAGGCCCAACGGCGACAAGGUGCUGUACGAUCUGGAGGAUCGCAUCAAUCAGGCCGUCUUCCCAUCGCUGCAGGGCGGACCGCACAACAAUGCCAUCGCCGGCAUUGCCACCGCCUUCAAGCAGGCCAAGUCUGUGGAGUUCAAGAACUACCAGGCGCAGGUGAUGAAGAACGCCAAGGUGCUGUGCGCCGCACUCAUUGCCAAGGGCUAUCAGGUGGCCACCGGCGGCACUGAUGUCCAUCUCGUGCUGGUCGAUGUGCGCGGCGCGGGCCUCACCGGCGCCAAGGCGGAGCUGAUACUCGAAGAGGUGGGCAUUGCCUGCAACAAGAACACCGUGCCCGGCGACAAGUCGGCCCUGAAUCCGUCCGGCAUUCGCCUGGGCACGCCAGCACUGACCACGCGCGGCCUGGUCGACAAGGACAUCGAGCAGGUGGUCGCCUUCAUUGAUGCGGCACUCAAGCUGGGCGCCGAGGCCGUCCAGGCUGCUGGCAGCCCCAAGCUGGCCGACUACCACAAGGUCGUCGCCGAGGAUGCAGCCAUCAGGGCCAAGAUCGACGAAAUUCACAAGUGUGUGAUCGCCUUCAGCAAGCAGUUCCCGCUGCCCGGCCUCACGACCUUGUAACGCA